UCUUUUUUUGUCUUUCUUCAGAAAAUAUCUAACGAUUAAUAACCAUCAGACCUACAGAGAGUGAGGAAGUGUGUGUGUGUGUGUGUGUGUGUGUGUGUGUGUGUGUGUGUGUGUGUGUGUGUGUUUUUUUCCUUGGCCCUUUUCCGUAGUGUUGAGUCAACCGUUUCUGACAAGCUGCAGCAGGAAACAGUCGUCAACUUUACUCAAAGAGAAAUGAAAGUUUUUCAUGGAUAUUGUGUUUCAUACUCUGGAAUAUUGCUGCUUGGGAUUAUUCAGGGUUUGUGUGUUCUGGCUGAUGAGAACGCAGAGACAGUACGCAGGGCUUCCGGGAGCUCCCUCCUGUUACCACUUGGACUCCAAAAAGAAUCUGUGUCAUAUGCACAGUGGAAAUUUAAAGAGCAUCAAAUUGCUCGCUAUAGCAAAAAUCAAAUCCAUAUUAAUUUGAAUCACCAGUUCAUGGGAAGAUUAAAGGUGGACAAUGUUAAUGUUACUUUAGAAGUGGAAGCUCUUCAAGUUCAAGACUCUGGAACCUUCUCUAUUGUUGUAGAUGGGAGUACACAGAUUGCAACAAAGUUUAUCAGUUUGAUAGUCUAUGCCCGGAUUGAAAACGUUACUAUUCAGAGUAACCAGACCUGGCUGGAUUCUAUAAAGGCCUGUGAUGUUCAUCUUUGGUGCCAAACUUAUGAAGAUCCAACUGCAUCUUACACAUGGAGUGGAUAUCAGAAUAGAAGUGGAGCUUUCCUGCACUUCACUUUCUCACCUGAAGAUGGCAACAUUAUCCUAAACUGCACUGCGGCAAACAAUUUCAGCAAUCAGACUGCCAGCAAACCACUUAAAUGCAGUCCAGAGCCGCCAACAACAGAAGCCAAGCUGUUGAUCUGGACCGCAGCAGGAGCAGGUGCUGCUCUCCUCCUCCUCAUAGCUGUUAUUGCACUGAGCUGCUGGUGGAGAUCUCAUGGAGAUGCAACACUGCGUGAUUGUGGGAAUACAGUGUAUGCAGAUGUUAACGUUCCACAAAACAGUAAACCAUCACAGAGCAACAUUAAUGGAGCAUCCAUUUAUGAAACAGUGGAUGACCUCAGAGUUACGUCAGACAAGUACAAGGGUCCAAGUAUUUCUGGAGGGCUCCGUGUCCAUACCGUCAUUGUGUGCCGACAUGUAGUCCAAGGGAUCCAACAGCAAGCCACAGACACUUUAUGACAAGGUGAUGUUUUCACGUCCUACAGCAGACUGUCCCAGUCCUUCACCAUAUCAACACGUUCUGU